ACAGUGGAUGAAAGAGAUGCUGUUUCACAGAGAUGUUUUUAGUGAGAUGAAGCACUUAUAGUCACAGGAACCGGUUUCAUUUUGACAGAGUUUUUGGGAACUUAUGGGACUGUAGAUAGAUAGGCUACUUUGGCGUCUCAUGGGGUCGGAUCCAAAUGGGUAGAUCAAAUACAGCAGUGAUAAAUAUUUUUACAGGUCUUCAAUUGAUAAAAUAGCAAGAAGGUAUCAGGUAGUCAGAUUUCAAAACACAUUUACUAUCUGUGCGCAAAACGCACCCAACAGCUCUCCUCCUGCUUCAAGCGAAGGUGUUGCAAUGGAAAAAUCUAAAAACUUUAGGAUCGACGCCCUUCUGGCUGAAGAGACACACAGAGGGAACCGCGAGCUAUCACCCGGACUCAGCAGCGACAGUCCGACGGGCAGCCCGGUGUCCUGCAGGCGCGCAGACACCCCGUCUCCACGCGGCACUGCCCUACACCUUCCAACCGGACUCAUACCUAAACCAGGGCUGCUCAAUCUCCCGCACCACGGACUCGCGUCUUUAACACAAGGCUCGAUCCCGGGCAUGUACACUGCUCCCAUGUACCCUCUUUCAGCUUUGGGAGGUCAGCACCCUGCUUUGGCGUACCCGGGCUUUGCGCAGCUGGCGCAACCGUACCCUGAACAGCUGAAGGCUGCGGCGAUAGCUGGAUCUUUACCCCUGGAGCACUGGAUACGAGCUGGAAUCAUGCUACCACGACUUCCAGAUUACACCUCUGCACCCCAGUCUGGUUUGAUGGGGAAGUGUCGCAGGCCGCGGACGGCGUUCACCAGUCAACAGCUACUUGAACUGGAGAACCAGUUUAAACUGAACAAGUACCUCUCGCGACCCAAACGCUUUGAAGUUGCCACAUCGCUCAUGCUGACCGAAACACAGGUGAAGAUCUGGUUCCAGAACCGUCGGAUGAAGUGGAAACGCAGUCGUAAGGCCAAAGAGCAGGCCGCUCAAGGAGACACCGAACGUCAACGAGGAGGAAACAAGUCGGCCAACGAGAGGCCAGGAAGAGACGUCCGCAGGGCUUCCGCUCAAGGCACGGAUGAGCAAGAGGAAGAUGUCGAUGAGGAAGAUGAGGAGUAUGAUGUGGAAGACAGAGGAAAACACAAGUUCACGAACAAACUUAACAUCCAACGUACCACAGACUUCCUGCAUCACACAGGUGAAUUACGAUACCACCCGGAUAGCUCGUUCUCAGACGAUGACAUGGAGGACAUCGGAGGGGCUGAUAGGAAAAUCGGGGCAGGGUUAUGAAAACACAGAUCAAAGAAGGAACCAGACAUUAUCAUUAUGAGUUGCUAAACACAGACAGCGGGAACUGAUAAUAAUAUCAGACCUGUGAUAUGGUUGCAACAUGGCAUUGCAAUAUUGGCAAGAACUGAGGUGAAAAAGACAGAUUGAGAGACACAAAGA